AUGCCAUCGCCUUCCCCAAUGGCGCCACUUUCCUGCCGUGACCUCUCCCCGCAGCUCUCCUCCCUCCCGCACCGCGGCACCGCCGCCGCCACCACCCACACACAAAUCUCCCUCCGACGCGCUCCAGCCCCGCGCACACCACUCACCACCGCCAAAAGACUGCAGCUCCCCUCCGCGGCCACCAGGGACGACGCGCUCGCCUCCCUCGUCGGCCAGCUAGGGCAGAACCUCACCCAAGACGAGGAAGAGGACGACCUGUACCUUCCCGACGAUGCUUCGUCCGGCCGGCGCCGCGGAGCACAGAAGCACCAGGACGAGCUGCCCGCACGGUGGCGGGAGAUCCACGGCAGCGACGACUGGGCGGGGCUUCUUGACCCGAUGGACCCGCUGCUCCGCUCCGAGCUCAUCCGCUACGGCGAGCUCGCGCAGGCCUGCUACGACGCCUUCGACUACGACCUGGCCUCCCGCUACUGCGGCAGCUGUAAGUACCCGCGGAGCGCCUUCUUCGAGCGGCUGGGCAUGCCCGACGCGGCGCGGGGCUACGCCGUCACCCGCUACCUGUACGCCACGUCCAACUUCCGCUUCCCCAACUUCUUCUCCGGGAAGUCCCGCGCCGACGCCAAGCUCUGGAGCCAGCGCGCGAACUGGAUCGGCUACGUGGCCGUGUCCACCGACGAGGAAUCCGCGCGGCUGGGCCGGCGCGACAUCGCCAUCGCGUGGCGCGGCACCAUCACGCGGCUCGAGUGGGUGUCGGACCUCAUGGACUACCUCCGGCCCGUCGCCGACGAGGGCAUCCCGUGCCCGGACCCCGAGGUGAAGGUGGAGUCCGGCUUCGUGGACCUCUACACCGACAAGGACCCCUCCUGCCGCUUCUGCAAGUACUCCGCUCGGGAGCAGGUCCUGGUGGAGGUCCGCAAGCUCGUUGCCCACUACACCGCCCUCGGCGAGGACGUGAGCAUCACCGUCACCGGCCACAGCCUCGGCAGCUCGCUCGCCAUCCUCAGCGCCUAUGACAUCGCCGAGUCCGCCGCCAACCUCUCCAACGGCAAGAGGGCGGCGGUGUGCGUGUACUCCUUCUCGGGGCCGCGGGUGGGGAACGGGCGGUUCAGGGAGCGGUUCGAGGGGGAGCUCGGGGUGAAGGCGCUGCGGGUGACGAACGUGCACGACAACGUGCCGCGGAUGCCGGGGAUCUUCCUGAACGAGGGGGUGCCGGAGAUGGUGCGGCGGGUGGCGGAGGGGCUGCGGAUGCCGUGGUGCUACAGCCACGUCGGCGUGGAGCUCGCCCUCGACCACAAGCGCUCGCCGUUCCUCAAGGACACGCUCGACCCCGGCUGCUCCCACAACCUGGAGGCGCACCUGCACCUCCUCGACGGGUACCAUGGCAGCGGGGAGCGGUUCGUGCUGGCGAGCGGGCGCGACCCGGCGCUGGUGAACAAGGCGUCCGACUUCCUCAAGGACCACCACUGCGUGCCGCCCUACUGGCGCCAGGACGAGAACAAGGGCAUGGUCCGCGCACCCGACGGCCGCUGGAUCCAGCCCGACCGCCGUGGCCACCUGGACGACGAUCAUCACCACGACGGUCACCACGUCGUCGACGGCGACCACCACGGCCACUUCCGCCUCUUCCGCCAGCCGUGA